GUGUAUAUAUAUAUAUGCUGUAAAUAGAUAAUGAAUGAAUUCACCAAUGCAACACAAUUAUUAACAGAAGGAAAGACAGAGGAUGCGUUUAUUGCUUUUCUUUCUAUUGUCGAAUUAUCCACUCAACAAUUACAUCAAACAAAGUUCUUACGUCAAUAUAUUGUAAAUAGACCGCCAGAAUAUAAAAACUCAAUUGAUUUGAUCAGGAAAAGUAUCGACCAAUUAGAAAAGAUACUUGUAAAUAGGCCGAAACCACCUGUUCCACCCCGACCAGUUCACAUCGACACUAAAAACUUGAAACGAACAAGAGGAAACUCGAUUCAUUUUGUCAUUGAUGAAGAAGACGAAGAAGAGGAUGAUGAGACAGUUGACAUUGUCCAGUAUCUUAAUCAACCCAAAAAAGCAAAUUCAUGCUCUCUAUUUCUUACCAUGGAUGAUGUAUUAUCGCAAACUGUUGUUGAUCCAUCCAAUCUAGCUCCUGCACAGACACCCACAACCGAUAGUCUUUCGAUACCUACACCAUCUCCCACUAGAGACUAUAUACCCAAUAUUCCUGUACCUCCCUUGUUGGCCAUGCAUCGUCAUCUUCAACAGCAGCAAGAUGAUAACGGGAUACUUCCCAAGGUCCGCUCUCUUUAUAUGAGUGCAAUGACCAUACCGACCAUGAUGGAGUUUUCGCCUGGCUUAUUUGCUUACCAACUUACUCUGAUCGAAUCCGCCAUAUUCCGCGCCAUUCCACGGGAAGCACUCUUGUGUCAUUCAGCACGCACGCCUCACAAUCGAAUCAUAGCCUCCACAGACUUUUUCAAUUUUAUCACACGAACGAUUGAACACUCGAUUUUAUUACCCCAAGAGGCCUGUCGACGCGCAGAGAUCCUCAACCGAUGGGUCAAGGUGGCUUCCAAGUUACUGGCUUUAUUCAACUAUCAAACACUGAAAGCUGUCGUCUCUGCUCUCGGUACACCGCCUAUACAGCGCCUACGUCGCACAUGGGAGUGUAUUCCCAAAAAGCAAAUCAAUCAAUUAGACAUGCUGAGCACCCUCAUGUCUGAAUCAGACAAUUAUUGUCAGUACCGUCGACACGCUCAGUUUUGUGUCGAUCGUCCAGCGGUUCCCUUCUUGGGUGUCUUUAUUCACGACUUGACCUACAUGUCUGUUGCUGCUACCAAUAAACAAGACGCGCGUAUUCAGGGUGUUCUGAACGAACUUGACAGGUUUCAACGGCUGCCCGAGUACCCACAACAGCCUCCGCCAUCAUUUGUACACAAGAAACACCUGUUUCGUCCGGUUUCAAACAUGCUUCAUUUCUCGUCUAAGGGUACCACCUCAGCAGCCGCAUGCAUGGUGAGUGAAGAAAACCAGAGUGAAGAAAUCGUGGUCGGAUUAGAGCAACAAUUGAUUAUGCAGUUUGUCCUUAUGCGGCCCUGGGUGACGGAAAAGACAAUUGAUAUGCUCAGUCAGCUUCGUGAACCGUCCAAACGACCUGUCUCUGGAUCCUCGCCCACUCAUGGGAACGAAGAAACCGAAGAAAGAAGGUCGGGGCUUUCUGGAUUCUGGCCGUUUAGAAAGACUACAUCAUCCUCAUCAACAACAACAACAACACCUACACCUGAUCUCACAUGGAGUGAAGGAGAGGAGGAUAAUAAUGAGGAUGACUUGGGACGUCUUUUGAAUUAUAGAAAGUUGUCCCUUGGGACAAAGAAAAGUCAUCAUCGUUCAUUGUCAUUGCCAUCCAAGACUACCAUGGAAACAACAACAUUUUAAAUAAAUAAAAAAAUAUAGCUUUGUCGUUUAGUUCAAAGACUUUAGCCCCCUACAUGAUCAUAUGCUUUCCAG